CGUAGAUACGAGCGACGCGGGAUCGGAAUGAGAGUUCGAACUGUGCCACUUACACUAGAGCUCAAGAAUCACUGAUAUUUAUCGAUAGACUGGGUGAUGUGGAUAUUUAGAACAAACAAUGGAAAAUAAGUGGAGUAAAAGUGAGACUUGCAAUGGAAUACCUUAUUACAUCAACCAUUACAGCGAGGUCACACAAUGGGACCAUCCAGAUCUCGUGUCUGCUGUUUCAAGUUUGAGUACAAUGGAUAACAUACACUUUGGUGCAUACAGAACCGCUGCCAAGCUUAGAAUGCUACAAAAAGUCUUGCACAUGGACGUAGUAAACCUCAUCACUGUCAGGAUGGCUUUUGAGCUCCAUGGAUACAGUCACCAUAACGACAGCGUCAUGGAUGCGGUCCAGCUCUACAACAUCAUCAACGAGAUGUAUCACAUGACCAAGGUUCGUGGGAGGAGCACGCUCAGAGUCAAUCGAUCUAGUGACCUGCUUCUCAACUGGCUCCUUAAUCUGUUUGAUAUCCAAAGAACAGGUUGCAUAAGAGUAUUGCCUGUCAAGUUGGGAAUUGCUGUCAUAUGUUCUGGAAGCAUAACAGAUAAAUACAGAUAUUUCCAAGAUCUCCUUGCCAAUAAAACAGGCAGCAUCCCCCGUAAGAUGAUGACAGAAUUCAUGCAUGAUGUUACGCAGAUAACAAACAUGAUUGGUGAGAGUGAAACAUUUGGAAAAGGUGUUGCAGCAUCUGUAGAGGACUGCUUUCAAUCUGCUUUGGGACAAACCAUAACACAGGAUGAUUUUCAUCAAUGGUUGCUUUCUGAACCACAAACUCUAGUUUGGCUGCCUACACUUCAUAGAUUCUCUGCUGCAGAAACGAUGAAGCAUGAGGUCAAGUGUUCCGUUUGUAAGAUGCAUCCCGUCAUAGGACUACGCUACCAGUGCCUCAAGUGUUUCAACUUUGACCUCUGCCAGAAUUGCUUCUUCACCCGUAGGUCAUCCAAACAUCACAAGCAGAGUCAUCCUAUGCAGGAGUACUGCCUCUCGAGUAAAUCAAAGGAGGAUGUCCGUGCCUUUACAAAGACUGUGCGCAACAACUUGAGUAAGAAACAUGGCCGCCGUAUCAAGAAGAAAUAUCGCUCAAUAGAGGAUGGUUAUGAUUCCGAUGACAGAGCAAGUGAUAAUCAAGAUGCUGAAUUGGAGACUCACGUUAGGCUCAGUCAGAUGUCAGAGAGACUAAAAGCGGUAGAAACUCAGCAACCUCCCGGGUUGAAUCGUUCCGAUAGUCUGCCUCCCUCUAUCAAGUCGACUAGGCAAUCAAUCGGCACGGCAACCACAGAUGAGAGCAGAUACCAAGAGAGGAGAGAGCUGGAGGAUCUCAUAGAUCAACUGGAGAAAGAGAACGAGUAUGUAGACAAGUCUUAA